UCGUAUAUCAUUCACAUUUUCUCCUAGCUUUUCUUCAGUUAUGAAGGUCAUUCUCUUUUGCCUUUAUGCUUCUUUUUAUAUAACCUCUAGCAAGGGCACAAUGAAUCUACCAAAAAAUGUCAGUGUACAAGCAAUUUUAGCAUUUGGAGACUCGAUAUUGGAUACGGGGAAUAAUAACUACAUCCAAACUUGGGUCAAGGCUAAUUUCCCCCCUUAUGGAAGGGAUUUUAUGGGAAGAAAACCGACGGGAAGGUUCUCAAAUGGGAAAAUCGUUGCUGAUGUUUUCGCCAAGGAAUUAGGAGUGAAGGAGUAUCUUCCGGCAUAUCUAGACCCUUCCAUACAAGACAAAGAUCUUCAAACCGGUGUUAGCUUUGCUUCUGCCGGUUCUGGAUAUGAUCCCCUAACAACCAAAAUAACGUCUUCUAUACCACUACCGGUUCAGUUGGACAUGUUCAAACAAUACAUUGGGAAGCUAGUAAGGAACAAUGGGAAAGAAGCUGCCAAGAAUAUAAUCAGCAACAGUGUAUAUUUUGUUUCUGCAAGCACCAACGAUUUUAUAGCAAACUACUUUACUUUCCCCACCAGAAGAUCACAAUAUGAUAUCCGUGCAUAUAAUGAUAUGCUGGUAAAGCGGGCUGUAGGCUUUGUACAGGAUUUACACAAACUAGGAGCAAGAAAAAUAGUUGUCCUUGGCGCACUCCCAAUCGGUUGUCUACCGAUUGAUAGAACGGUAGCUGGAGGACUGCGUAGAAUGUGUGUAGACAAGUACAAUAAAGCAGCACAAUUAUUCAACAGCAUGCUAAUAGAAAAGCUCCAACUACUAGCAAGCAGCCUUCCUCAGUCCAAGGUUGCCUAUGGGGAUAUCUACAAUCCACUCUUACGUAUUAUUGAGAACCCUCAACGAUAUGGCUUGGAAGUCACAGAUAGAGGCUGUUGUGGGACAGGAAUUAUAGAAACGGCUUUCGCAUGUAACAAGUUCAGCCCAACGACGUGCAGCGACCCCUCUAAAUACCUAUUCUGGGAUAGUGUCCACCCAUCAGAGAAUGGAUAUAGCAUCUAUGUGGAUCAAGUUCUACCAGAUUUGGUAAAAAGUUUGUUCUGAUAAAUUUUUAGUGGAAAUAAGGGACCUUGUUUAAUGAAUGCCUAAGAAUUUGUUGUUGGAGUGAAAUCGAUUGAAGGAUAAUCUACCAGAUUUGGUAAAAAGUUUGUUCUGAUAAAUUGUUAGUGGAAAUAAUGGACCUUGUUUAACGAAUGCCUAGUAAUUUGUUGUUGGAGUUAAA